GGACAUUGGGAAAGAUGAAACUGAUCGAUCAGAACUCAAUCUUGGCAAUUUGUUGAUAAAAUUCUUUUAGGGUUUCCUGAAUGGACUUAGCUUUUCAAAGCUUUCAUAAACACAUUCUGUCUCGACAAGAUUCAAUAUAUGAUUUCCAUGCGAGCGUAGACAAGCAAAAUCUAGUGAAAGGAUUAAAGUGGACUCUACAGGACGACAUACUCCCAAUUUCUAAUGAAAACAACCCUUCGCGUGGGGUUGCUCAUAACGGCUCCUAUUCACCUUGGUUUUAUCGAUCAGACAAACGCUGAAUAUGUCCAACUCAGGCCUCUGAGAAUAAUUUCUGAGCUUCGGAUUUCGAUUUUGUAUACAAACAAAUGUUUUUGAUUGUUCCACUCGACCAGGGGCUCCGUUCACCGAUGGAAUUUUGGGACCGGCAGUGUUAUAAAAUAUGGCUGAGGAGGGACCGGUAGAUCCUGCAGGAGAGACUGUGGUUUCAUCAGGUAAUUCUGAAGAGGAUUGGCAUAUAUUUGACAUACUUUGCCGAGAAAACAAGAUGGAUGAAAACGGAGUAGACAUAACAACAGCGCUGAAGAGCGAAUUAGCUGCUCUCCAAUAUAAAAGAGAUCGCCUAACGGCAGAGCUAGAAGACAUGAGGUGCCAAUUCAGAUCUCGGGAUCAGAGAUGCUUGGAGCUCCAAGUAGAAGCAGAGCAACUGCGCGAACAAUCAGCGCGUCAAAAUGCCAUAAUAUCGUCUCUGAAAAAACGAAUUCACGACCUAGAAGAAAGGGAGAGAAAUUUAUAUUCCGCUCAGAGUAGGAGCGAGAUAGCUUACCAAACUGCCUUGAGGGACAAUAAAUACCACGAAGAGAAGAUCAAGGAGCUGGAGCAGAAAUUAAGGAACACCGAGAUGGAUCUGGCGUCGCAGGAGCAGAAGAAAGAAUCUGCUAGGUUGCAAAUGCAGGAUUUUAUUAGGAGGCUCUGCGUUGCUUUGGGAUCUGAUAUAAGUGACAGUGCACAUAUGUCCCCAGAAGCUUUAGUACAUAAAGCUUCAGAGUUAGUACAGGACACUUCACGUUUGAGGAGUAGAACAACGAACAUAAACGAUACUCUGGCAACAGUAGAGCUGGAGCUGAGAACCUGUCGGGAAAAUUUAGAAAGAGCUAUAUCGGACAAGGAAUGUCUCCAGAGACAAUCAGCAUCGCAAAUCAUGGAGAUCGAUCGGCUGAAACAGGAGAAGGAAUCGUUGGAGAUGCAGCACAGGGCUAACGAAAGGGAGCUGGCAGAACUGAGAGAAAAACUUUCUUAUUCCAAUAAGAGUCUAGGGUCUGCUAGCGGAAAUUUGGCUCAACAAGAAGCAACUGUGUGUCAGUUAAGAGAGGAACUGAAGACAAGGGAUGAAAGAAUUCAACGAAUCCAGAACGAGAAUCGACAUUUUCUGGAGUCUCUGGCAAUCUUACUCAGCACUCCAACUCGUUUCGUUGAAUCAUUGGAAGUAACGAUCAAGGACCGAAUAAGGGAUCUAACCACAGAGGUUAAGGAGAAGACUGCGCAAUUGGAAUCAUUGAAAGAAACCUUGAACAACGAACAGCAGCAGUUAUCUCGACAAAUAUCUCUGAACGAUCAAGCAAACGCUAGAAUUCGUAAUUUAGAGGAAGAGAAGGCCCAUUUAGAAUCACGUUUGAAUAAAGCAGAGAACGAUAUAACAAGUUGCGAAAUGGCAAAAGAUGGAUUCAGGAGGGAUAAGCAAACGUUCAUGAACUUUUUGGAACGUCUAGCUAGGGCCCUGAAUAUGGAAGAAAUAGCACACGAUAUCGGUGUUGAUUUGCAUACGGAAUCUCUUCUGCUACGCGCAGAACAACUUGCCAGAUUAGAAAGCGACAAGUUGGUUGAUAAGACUGCUUUAGUCUAUCAACUCCAAAGAAGAGUUCGCAAUCUUAGGGAACAAGUCCAGAGGAAAGACCUUCACCUUGAUCUCCUGCGUCGAAAACUGAAUCUCCAAGAAGACAACAUCAAGAAUAAGUGUCUCCUUCAGAGCGAAAGAGACGAGGCUAAUAUGCGAGUAAAAAAAUUGAUCAAACAAGUCGAUCAUCUCCAAGCCCAACUCUCUGAAGCGAAAUCUCAAAUAAGAGAUCUCAACAGCCAAUUAGCUGAAGCCGCUGAUUAUAAGAUAACAGCUUUGGAGAGGGGUAGAAAAAUCGAGGACCUUCAAAAGAGACUGAUAGAAUCUGAAACGCUCCGAACUAAAUACAACAGAAAACUGACCCAGCUCAAGGAUCAAGUAAGGUCUACUGGCGAAACGAUAGAGCAAGAAAGGAAUAUAAGUGAACAUUCAAUGCAGCUUCUUAGGGACGAAUUAGCGAGGGUUAAAGAAACCCUUUCGGAACUUCAGAGGAGAGAAGCUCAAUUACAAAGUUUCAAGUCCUCAAUUGCCAAGAUUCUUGGUGUUGCUCUUCCAAUGCCAGAUUACGAACUGAUUGGGAGAUUGCAGAAACUGGUGGAUGCCCAUCAUGACUUCACAUUAGUGUCGAGAAGAUAUGACGACCCUGUUUUGAGACUGGCAACUAGGAGUCCGACUGGGGGUAGCAGGAUUUCGAGGACACCAGAUCGGUCUAGAUACGACGACUCUGGCUAUACAGAUGGCGUGGACUUGGACGAUAUGGACGAUGACUUGUUCAAGAGACAGAUACGGCCUAUAUGACAUACGCAUUUCGAUGUCUAAGACAUCGAUCAGGCAGUUAACAGGAUUGGUAGAAGAAAGUAGGAAUAAUAAUUGUAACGUCGGAUCUGUUUUGCUUAAACUUGGAUGAAUCAAAUUGAGAUGAGGAGGUGAUCAGAAGUUGGAAUGUAGUUCUGGAUUAGAGAACCAAAGAAGUAUCUGUUCAACUGUGAGGGUUCAAGAUUU